AUGGCUCCUCUCUCCGUCGGCUCCACCGUGGGUCGCUGUUAUGGCUGUGGCAUGGGUCCCGCUUGGCUCCUCCUGGUCCAAGUCCCUCCAGUUUCCUCCCUGGCUCCUCCCCCCAUCGUCUCCACCAUGGACUCUGUCUGCCGGCCCCUCCCGGGUGUUCCUCCUGAGACUCCUCCCAAGUUCCUACCCAUCCCUCCCUCUGUUUUUUCUACGACGCGAGGACGCACCUUCCAGGAGGGGGGCGAUAUGUCAAGCCUCUGCACUAGUGAAGUAUUGGUACCCACUUCCUCUGGUCCCGGCAGCUCUGGAACAGCUACGGGGAGCUCGCAUCGGCUGGACCUGCGAAGCGCAUACAACCUCAUUCGUAUACGCCAGGGCGAUGAAUGGAAGACCGCCUUCGUUACAGCAUCUGGAUACUAUGAAUAUCGGGUCAUGCCGUAUGGCCUAUCUAACUCUCCCUCUGUCUUCCAAGGCUAUAUGAAUGAGGUGUUCCGGGAAUUCCUUCAACGAUUCGUCAUCGUCUACAUCGACGAUAUCUUAAUCUACUCCCGGAACCUAGCCGAACAUCGCCUCCAUGUUAAGCAGGUCCUCGAGAAGCUCCGCCAUCACCAUCUCUAUCUCAAGCUGGAGAAGUGCGAGUUCCACACCACCUCCGUGCACUUUCUGGGUUAUGUCAUUGACCAACAUGGAAGCAAUCCGGAACUGGCCUCAACCAGCUACCGUCAAGGAACUACAACGAUUCCUAGGAUUUGCCAAUUUCUACCGGAGAUUUAUCCACAACUACAGCCUGCUCAGUUCACCUCUCACCCCCUCACUCAAGGGCCGGCCCAAGUCCCUGUCCUGGAGCACACCUGCCCUCGAAGCCUUCCAUCAUCUCCAAGAAGCCUUCCAGACCGCUCCGAUCUUGGUUCAUCCUAA